GUUUAAAUGCAUUUUAGUGCUUUUAUUUAUCUCGGCCAGCCCCGUCGAGGGCCGGCGACCCAUGGAUUUUCCCAAUACAACUAGUUUAAGCGCCGCCAGUGAUACGAAUAACACCACCAGCAGAAUUGUUUUUGGCAACUCAAAUUCAUAUACAAACUUUCAUCUGAAAAAUGAAGUUGACGAUUUAAAUACAUCAACAAAUAUAACUACAUCAACAAUAACAACAGCAGCAAGCGGUAUCAAUUCAUCACCAGCAUUAACACCACCCACGCCCAUUAGUCCACGAGAACAGCAAAGUCCGGUUAGUUCUUCGGGCUCGAGUGAUACAGUUUCGGAUCAACAAUUUGCCAUUGCGGACUCAAAUUCCAACUCAAGUGUUUCGAAAUCAUUUGUGCCCUGCAAAGUUUGUGGUGAUAAGGCUUCUGGCUAUCAUUAUGGAGUAACUUCUUGUGAAGGUUGUAAGGGAUUCUUUCGACGCAGCAUACAAAAACAAAUCGAAUAUCGUUGCCUUAGAGAUGGCAAAUGCUUAGUUAUUCGCUUAAAUCGAAAUCGGUGCCAAUAUUGUCGUUUCAAGAAAUGUCUUUCCGCUGGAAUGAGUCGAGACUCUGUGCGUUAUGGUCGGGUUCCAAAGCGUUCACGUGAACUGAAUGGUACUCCAUCAUCUGCGUCUACAGAAAAUAUUGUGCGUGUAAAUACACCGGUCACACCAAAUACACCACAAACACCACAAAUGUGUUCUGUUGCCUCGCCCUCGGAGCUCGGUUGUAAUACCAACUCGAAUAACGCUACACCAGGUGUUGUCAUGGUGGGCGGUGGGGGUGGCGGCGUGCAAUUAGUAAACGAUAUCGAUGCCAAUAUGACGGGAGUUGUUGGUAGCGGUAGCGGCAAUACAAAUGAACUAAGCGUCUACGAUGUCAUUAUGUGCGUCUCACAGGCGCAUCGUGUCCAUUGCUCUUACACAGAAGAACAAACACGAGACUUAAUGCAACGGCCAAUAGCAGUACCACAAAAUGGAAUUGUCAAUACUUUGUCGGAGACGUUAGAAUUUCAGAAAAUCUGGCUUUGGCAACAAUUUGCCGCACGCAUUACACCCGGCGUUCAACGGAUUGUGGAGUUCGCUAAACGGGUGCCAGGUUUCUGUGACUUCACACAAGACGAUCAGUUAAUAUUAAUUAAACUGGGCUUUUUUGAAGUAUGGAUAACACACGUGGCACGCAUGAUUAAUGAUGCCACUUUGACUUUCGAUGAUGGAGCGUAUUUAGCACGACAGCACCUGGAAAUACUAUACGAUGCGGACUUCGUUUUGUCACUUGUCAACUUUGCAAACACUUUAAAUGGCUACGGACUCAGUGAUACUGAAAUUGGCUUAUUUUCUGCCAUGGUAUUAUUGGCUGCUGAUCGUUCCGGUAUAUCAGAGCAUAAAAUGAUCGCACGCGCACGUGAACGUAUCGCUGAAGCUUUACGCGUACAAAUCGUACGCUCUAGAGCCGGAUCUACACAAGCUUUACAGCUUAUGCCAGCUCUUGAAGCGAAAAUCCCAGAGCUGCGUUCGCUAGGCGCCAAACAUUUCUCACAUUUAGACUGGUUGCGAAUAAAUUGGACGAAGCUACGACUGCCACCACUUUUCGCUGAAAUAUUUGACAUACCGAAGUCGGAAGAUGAUCUGUAGAUGGAAAGCUGCGAUUAUUUUACACAUAAAA